AUGGCUCAUCUGUGCACGAGGCUCCGGGUGCUCCAAGUGAACCUCUGGCUGGUGGCUCUGGUCACAGGUGGGAUCUCAGCAGACAAGAACACCAGGAACAGCACAGACAGUGAGUGCCCCUCAGUGCAGCAGCAGCCGCGCUACGUGGCAGCCAAGAAGAACAUGCCCGUCCACUUCCUCUGCUACUCCCAGGACGCCUACAACAUGCAGUGGUACAAGAUGACAGUGGACAAUAAGGACUUUUGUGAGCUGCUUCCCAACAACCCUCGCUACAGCAUCAAGUGGACAGAGAACUUCGUCAACUUGACCAUCUUCAGGGUCACCUCUGAGGACAACGGCGUCUACGUGUGUGACAGAAGGAACAUCACGGCAGACCCGAACGAGACGAACUGGUGUGGGACAGAGCUCAAAGUCCUGGGUUACGGCAACAUUAAGCAGAUCCAGAACAGGAACACUCUGAAAGAUGCCAUCAUCAUCAUCCAGUCCAUUCUGCUUGUCAUCUUUAUCAGCAUCCCCAUACUCUUCUUCCUAGACAAGGGUGAAGACAAGAAGAGCCCAGAGGAGGACCACACCUAUGAGGGGCUGGAGGUGGAACAGAUGGCCACCUACGAGGACAUCACUCCUUUCCGGGACAUGAAGGCCAAGUGGACAGUUGGGGAGCACCCGGGUGAAGAGUGA